AUGGCAGCCGUCUACAAGUCUAUCUCCAAGACCAGUGGCUCAAAGGCCGAGGCGCCUAGCAAUGGCAUCAAGAAGAACAAGCAGAGAGUCUUGAUCCUCUCCUCGAGAGGCGUUACCUUCCGACACCGCCAUCUCUUGAACGAUAUUGCGUCGAUGCUCCCUCACAGCCGAAAAGAUGCCAAGUUCGACUCCAAGACAAAGCUCUACGAGCUGAACGAGCUGGCCGAGAUGUACAACUGCAACAACGUCAUGUUCUUCGAGGCGAGGAAGGGAAAGGAUCUCUAUGUGUGGCUCAGCAAGGUCCCUAACGGACCUACAAUCAAGUUCCACCUCCAGAACUUGCACACAAUGGAAGAACUUCACUUCACCGGUAACUGCCUGAAGGGCUCGAGACCCGUCCUCUCCUUCGAUGGCGCCUUUGACAAGCAACCCCACCUGCGAGUUAUCAAGGAGCUAUUCCUCCACACCUUUGGCGUUCCCCAGGGCGCUCGGAAAUCCAAGCCUUUCAUCGACCACGUCAUGGGCUUCAGCUUCGUCGAUGGCAAGAUCUGGGUCCGAAACUACCAGAUCAACGAGGUUGAGGCUUCGCAGACCAAGGAGGGAGAAGAGGAGGAUGAGGAGGCCGCCAAGUCAAAGUCCCGAUCCGGAAACAAGGACACCGACAUCAACCUGGUCGAGAUUGGUCCCCGAUUCGUCCUGACACCCAUCGUGAUCCAGGAGGGAUCCUUUGGCGGACCCAUCAUCUACGAGAACAAAGAGUUUGUGUCGCCGAACCAGGUGCGAGCCGAUCUUCGGCGGACGAAGGCCUCCCGACACAACUCUCGUGCGGAGAAGCACGUCGAGAGGUUAAACAAGAAGGGCGAUCUCGGACUUCGGUCGGUCGGCGGACAGCGGCCGGUCAAGGACGACCUGGACACCAAGAUGCUGUUUGCCUAG